CGCCGUCCGUCGCUCGCGAGCAUCUUUCGGAUGGGACAGAAACAGAAGGUUUCGGCCACCUCUCCGAAUGCUGCCGGCGGGAACUCGUCCGCGAGCGGCGCAGAGAGCAUGGGGAGCGGUGCGCGUGCAGACAGCCGUGCGAGCCGCUACUCGACUGGCGGGAUCGCGGGCGGUGCUGAGGACUACGAGUUCGACAGCGACGACGAGGACUGGGAUCAUGUUGAGGAUCUGGACGCAGCAGCACGCGCGCUGGGCGCCGACGGAGGCUCGACGACCAUCAAGGGCAAGAAAAAGAAGCGCUCGCCGUACCUUCUCGGUGUGACUGGCGGAUUCAACGCCGCGCGGGCGGGGAGCCCGUCAGCGUCGGCGUCGCCGCGGCCCGUGACGCCCAAAAACCAGCUGACGGGCUCGUCGACGUCGCUCGGACCCGGACCUGCGCUCGGCGAGCCGUCGCCCCUGGAUCACUCUAUCCGCCCGAGGCGCUCGACGCGUCUGUCGAACGUCGAGGAGGUCGCGGAUCGCAAUAGCGCUGAUGUCGGCGGGGCGUUGGUGCCGAUGACCUCCACGCCGCAGCUCCGCAGCCCCUCUCGCGACGGACGCCCGCCGUCGCGCGGCCCGGGGCAGAGCUACGCGAGGAGCGGGUCGGUGCGCUCGUAUGCUGGGUUCGAUCAGCCGCUGCCGGACAUUAAGCUUGCGAUGACGCCGGAGAAUAUCAAGCCGCUGCUGGAGAAUGCGCGCGAGGUGCACAUUCGCUUGAAUGAGUGCAUUAAAGAGAUGCGCUUGCUCAUGGAGGCGAAUGCUGUUCCCGGUGAGGAAACGCAGGACCAGCGGAGGCUACCGUCGCCACAAUAAAAUAAAAAUCACAAUUGCAUCCUUGUUUUUCUUCUUUCGUUUUUUUCUUUUCUUUUUUUCUUGUCUGUUGAUCAUCUGUACGUACAUAUAUAUCACGGCCUAUACUUGCACGUUUCC